GUGGCACACGAGGGGGUUGGGCGUCCAGCAACCACGCCCUGCCGCCUUUGUCUCCCCAAGUGGCGAUGUUUGGACACCGCACGAGGUUACUCAAUUUGAGGCUGAGCCGACCUAGAUAGGGGGGGGGAGGCCCAGUACCCGUUCGGAUAAUCGUCACCGUGGUGUUGGAGGCCGUGAGCGGGAAUCGAACUAGGGGACCGCCGGGUUCGCGGCGCAGCGCGCUCACCGCUCCACCACCGCUCCACCACUGCUGUCAUUGAACAACCCAAGAUCCAUCACAUCCAUCAUGCCCGGACCACAUCCACUCACCCCAAGGACUCGAGGGCUGUGCGUGAGCCACAGCGACCACGGCAGCACGCCGACCGUCAUGGGCGUGCGCUUGCGUCCCGGCCAGGGCCUUGUGUCGGAGCAACGCGAGCGCUGGGAGCGCAAGCGCAACAGGACGGCGCGCGAGCUGGUGCAGAGCGAGCAGCAGUACCUCCACCACCUGCAGCUCGUCGUCACUUAUUUUGUAGAUAUCAUGAAUGCCAAAGGAACACUCCGCCAGGAAGUCAGAAAUUCCAUCUUCAGCACCGUCAAGGAAAUCCAUGCAGUGAACGGGACAUUCCUCAGUCAUUUGGAGAAAAGCAACUUUGGAUUGGGUUUUGAGAGCUUUUCUCUCUACCUGUUUCUUUACACCAAUUACAUCGACAACUUGGAGACAUCUUGCAAAGUGCUGCAGGUGCAGCUGAAGAAAAGCAAGGAGUUUGCUCGCUUCAAGAAGCUCCAGGAAUCGCGACCCGAUUUCCAGGGCCUCACCCUGGAGCAGCUGCUCCCACUGCCAGCCCAGCGCCUUGUGCAGUACAAGCAUUUUGUGCGGGAUCUCGCAGAAAAUACAAACCCCGACAGUGGCGAGUUUCGGAAGCUCACAAAGGCCGUGAGGGCCGUGGCGGAGGCGUGCCAGCACGUGUCGGAUCAGGCGCGACGCCGCGAAAAUGCCCUGCAGAUGGUGCGCGUUCAGAGGAUGCUCAAAGGACGCCGGAUCGACAUCGCCUCGCCUGGCCGCCGCUAUCUGCGCGAGGGAACUCUCCUUCGCGUGCCGAGCAAGGGCGGCGACCCCACCCCCAAGAUGUUCUUCCUCUUCUCGGACCUCCUGCUCAUGUGCAGCCGAUGCAGCCAGUUCCACCCGCUGCACGCCGACAAGUACGAGUGCCGAGCCUUCUAUCCGCUCGCCGACUGCUCCGUCCAGAAGGUGUUUGGCAAUACCCAGAGUCAAGGGGGACUCGUCAACCUGAGCUACCAGAAGGAGGAGCUGCUCCUGAUGUCAGUGGACCAAGAUGACAUCAAUGACUGGUUUAAGCAUCUGGAUGCCGCUAUUGGGCAUCUGAAGGCGCGGUCGGCUGUCAUACAUCGCAAGGACAACCUUGCGCGACGGCCCUUGCGUUCUGUGGCAGCGGAGAACAUGCAGCCUGAAAAUUCCACGGAGCCUAAAGAGCCACCGCCAUCCAGAAAGAGGCACAGGGCAAAUGGACACGAGGAGCAUCCCGUGAGCGGCAACAUGGACACUUCUGCAAAAAAGACACGGCUGGUGCAGCCACCCACACGGGCUGGAGACGAUGAUGUGAGAAGUCUCCCUGCUGCUGAUAGCGAGGGCAUCUGCACCAUCCUGUGAGGUUGGCCUCCAAGCGCUGGGCUUCUAAGCCGCCCAACAUGCAGCAGUGGGAGGGGUGCACUGCUCACUUCGUGGUCCGACACAGCACGCACAGCCGGGAGAUGAUAUUUGAACCUUAUGGCGGUACCCCGGCUCUUGCACAAUGUCCGUGAUGCAGUCAUUAGUCUGUUGAUGGUCGGCGAUGCGGCAAUCGACUCAUCUCGACGAGCUGUACACGAUGCACCACCACGGUGCGUACCGCCAGCGUUCAGGGUUUCAGCACAAUCCUCGCUGCGUUUCGACAUCGCGGAGUGGCACUGAUUUCGGAUUGACUGGUACCCCAGUCGCGGAGUUAAGUACACCCCUGAAAAAAAUAGUGUCCCAGAAAUAACAUUUAAUUGCCUCGGCCAUUUUGUAUCAUUUGGUACCCCGGGGUACCGCCAUGAGGAUCAAUUCACGCAGCUCGGCCGACGCAUUCGUUGUCACGUGUGGUCGUGUGGUCGCGAUGUCUUUUUUUAAGUAACAAUUUGAAAUAUAUGCGUGCUCACACACUUGUAUAUGUUUUUGUUAAACAAUAUCCUCACCUUGAACAUGAAGGUUUUUGCUAUGUGUGAGAAUGCAAUGCUAUUAAUUGUCCCUCAUGCAACCAGGUACAAGCCCGUUGAGAUUUUUUUUAAUAUAUAAGGGAGAAUUAUGGUUAUGGAGGGUCUGUUUUUAUUAAUCUUCAUUCAUCAUUUGCUUAAGGUACUUUUCGUUUGGGAAGCGGUUUUAAUUGUAAUGAAGGGAUGGUCACAUGGCGUUUGACGUGGAUGUAACGAACCCCUCCCCCCCCAUCCCCGUUUAUUCAAUGGAUAGUCGCGAAUCGGGGUCGCCGUUAGAUUCAACAAUCGCUGCUUUUUUAACGUUGCCGUGAAUACAAUAGCUACUUGCAGCAGGAGGCGGGUCACACAAACCCAUUGCGAACGACGUCUACGAUAACAAAUUACAACACUCGUGAUUCGAUGCAUGCCUUGUGAGGUUAAGAAUCGAUGUCAACCGGUGCCUUUACGUUUAACUUCUCCCGCGUGGCAUCAGACAAGUAAUUCCAUGCAAGCACUACUGGCCAGCUUUAUUGGACGCUGCCGAGGUGUAAAUGGGUCGCUCACUGGAGUUUCAAAACGAGAGGUCGCCGGUUCAAUCCGCCCAGUGCACCGCAGUUGAAACUCUGGGACAAGUUUAUUGAAUGCCACCUCCACCCCACUCUGCCCCUGUCCGGCCAGCUGUAUAAAUGGGUGCUCCACAGUUAAUCGAUAGGCUGGCUCGCACGCGGCGGCCUAAAGCGUGGGUACUGCCACCGACUUCCAAGACGUGUAUCCAGCGUAGAAGAGUGGACCGGCCUAAUGCCCUGCGUAGAGGUGCUCCCUGGAGCUUCCUUCGCGUCAAGAGGCCCUUCCGUCAGGAGUGGUGUGAGCAAGACAUUGCAAGGACGCACUCUUUGUUACUGGCCAGCUCCCAAGAACUGAACCACCAGACCUCGUCGCAACUGCCCGAGUGGUACUCUUCGUAUUGUAUGUUGAACUUCUUUUGCACCAUACGUAACCGACCGUGCUUAGCGGGGGAAGGACAAUAAACUCGGCUGCAUAGCCAUUCCAGCUGCUCGUAAACAAGGAGGUUGAAAAUAAGUCCGUCCUUUGUGCUGUUUUAAAAAUGUUUUGACCACAGCUUUUACAUUUAGACGCCAACAUUAACACUUUUUCAGUUAUUUGUAUUGUAUAAGGUUCAAAUGAAGAUUGAAAAAAUAUCCUUCGGUAUGUUUUUCAGCCAUGAGGUGAAAUAUGAUAAAUCUGCCAGUCAAAUUCAGCUAUUGAUUUAUAUUGCAUGUGAGAUUUCAGUUUUAAAACAGAUUAAGCAUGGUAUGCAGUCGUUAAUUUACAAAAGAUAAAUUGUCAUACGGUGUUAAACUAGAACGUGUUUUAAAAAUUACACUCAUGCAUAGGGUAAUUCACUUAUCUGUCAAUUCCUUGUGCAGUGUUCUUGGGAAAUACGACGCAGACCAUCCGCGUGACAAAGACGUGUUUUGAUUUUAACAGAUGUAUGCUCUUUGCAGCCUGUCAAAAACUGUUUUAACAUGUAAAUAAAAUAUAAAAAUAAUUGUCCGGGCCGUGGAAACAGUGUGUUUCAAUAUUGCGAUUCAAUUCAUUGAGAGCCAUUCAGAAAACUGUUGGAUAUCUGUAAAAUCCACAUCCUUAGUUACAUUUUUCCCUACAUAUUAUAAAAAUAACAAGUGCUGCCAAUUUCACUAAUGACGUACGUCUCUUUGUAUGCCGUCAAGUUGUGACGGCUUUUUUCCAGACGAUUUUUUGCGAGUGCAGAUAUUUUCGGAUUCAUCUGUGGCCACAGCCCAUUUUUCCGGUGGUGAUCCUCGGCAACAUUUGUCAACGCGUUCCAGACGCCUGCAAAACAACAUCAGACGCAGAGUUUUGGGAUUCGAGGCGGGAAAAAAAUGCACUUUCUCUUACAGUGCCACCAAUUACGCCAAUUCCACAGAAUUCACAUCCUUCUUCCGUGGCAGCCUCCCAUUUG